ACAAGCCGUCCGAGCUAGUCGCUUGAUACAGUGCUCCUCUCGUUUGUUACGUAAUCGCUCUGACAGGCUUUUUAGCCACGUUUAGGCUUCUUAAAAGUGUAUUUUUGUGUUUAUUUUACCUAACUAUGAACUAAAGUGCACAAAAUCCCUCUUCUGCUAGGGCCCUAGGCCCUAGCCAUGUCUCUAGAACAUUUUGGUAGAACUUUCAAAUACUUUGUAUAGACUUUAAUCCGUUUUAAGUGUCCAGUGUUGUUGUGUCCAACAAUGAGUUCCACGUCUAUGGAAACAGACGAAACAAUAGUUUCUUCCGAUAUAAUCGGUAAGGUAAACAAUGUCCUUAACGAUAAGAUAACCCUAAGUGAGGCAACCUCAAAAGAUCUAAUCUUUGGCAAAUACAAAGUUGUCAAAGAUUCUCUUAAAUCUCUCUUAGAAGCGCAUGUCUCGAUCAAAUCGGAGAACGACUUACUAAAAGCAAGAAUGGAUAAGCUUGAGCUUGCCAUUAAGAACCAAUCCAAUACCAAGGUACAACCCUCUCAACCUUUGGUAACUUCUAAACCCCAACCUCAAAGGGCCAACCCAGACCCAAAACAGCCUCUUAUAAACAAGUUUAUUGCCCCGACUCAAGGCAAUUUUUUUGCUGUUUUACAAAAGUCCGGGGAAAAUGGUGAUGAUGAUGAUGACGAUGCAGAUGUAUUUCUCCCUAAGGACCCUGAAGUUAGGAAAACUCUAUCUCGUGUUAAAAGGAAACUGCUCAGCAGCCCAAUUAAACCGGCUAAGGAUACCAAAGGUGGACCCUCUACCUCAGCUUCUCAAAAGAAGAAGGCUAGGAAAAACUUCGCCUAUGACUCCACAGCUGGGAAAAACCGCCCUGUUAACGAUAUCACUGCAGCCAACCAAUCAAAAGGGACACAACCUGUUGACAAGGAUGGCAAACAGAAGGAGACCGCAACCACAUCGGAUGGAGAGGAAACUCCAAUAGUUAAGCCCAGUAAGAUUUUUAAGCCACCUCCAAUCAAAAUUAUAGGUUGGUCAUACUACUCAUUUAAACAUUGAAGAGAACAAUAUCCACCAGAGAAUCGCCAGAGCAACGCAAACAAUCGACGGACAGCUCCCAGCUGUCUCUUCAGGUAAGGCCUAGCGCAUCGCAGACGGCUCGGAGCUGUCAGUCUAAAUCAAUGGGUUAACUGACUUUUGUGGGAACCCUUCAGCUUUUAUGAGGAAGCAAGUGUAUCCUAGAACUGAACUUUUCAAGCCUUAUAAUUCACCUUAUUUUAAUGCGAUUGAGUAAACUUUGUUAGUGGAUGAAUUUGCCAACUUCAAAUUUAUCCCCUCAAUAGUCAUUCUGGUGAAAUAAGUUACUUACUUUGUUUAAAGCUUGCUUUUUGUCAUCCCUCCAAUACAUUCCUUAUGGGAGAGUUCCGCUGUACGUAACCGGGCUGCCUGCCCACCAGGCCUAUGUAUCCCCUAACUAGUCUAGAUUACCCUGUCCUAACUGCAUAUCUAACUGUUACUUAAAAUAUCUUUGAAAGGUGUUAACCCAGCUAAUGUAUUUGUUCCCUUCCUAUGCAUUGUGAGUUUUACUGAAUAAAUAGGUGACUUGCACCAUAAUACAGGCAAUUAUUCCUUACAGCCCUUGAAAGGAAAUUUCCUUGAACUUAAGAGUUUGUUUCGGAAAAGAUCAGCAUUGUCAUCAUGUUUCCUGAAAAAUCCAAUGCAAGAAUAAGUACUUAAAACACAAAUCCCUUAGACAUUUAAGGACUACGAUGUUGCACUGUGCCUGCCAAUUCAAUGAGUAAAACCUUUUUUCUCAUAA